GUUAGGAAACCUACUGAAAUUGUCAAUACAAUGAUGAAUACGGCAAUAAUGUGCAAGUCACGAGUGAUUCAAAUAAACCGUGCGGAUCAAAUAUCCGAGACGUCUGCGCCGAUUUGACCUGACUGUCACUCGUCUAUAACCAUCGACAGGACAGAAACCGACCUCCCAGAAUGGACAACUUGUAGAAACCGACCUCCCAGAAUGGACAACUUGUAGAAACCUACCUCCCAGAAUGGACAACUUGUAGAAACCGAGCGCCCAGAAUGGACAACAUCGAAAAUCACCAAAUGACCGAACCAACUGAUGAAACGACACUUCUCGGAAAUGAUAAACCGGUUUUUUACGGUGACGAUAUCAAAGCAGAUACUACUAUUAAAGGCGACAACUCGAGAUGUGUUCUCAUAGAACUCGUUGCCGGCCUGUUCGCACUGAUGUCAGUUAUCGACUUGCAGAGUACGCAGUUCUACAUCUACGACCGGGUCUCGGAAACCAAGCACAUGAACGCCACGGCCAAAGCCAGUGUUUGCGACAUCAGUUAUGAAAACUCUACGGCUGAAAAGAUCGAGACUGAGAUUCAAACCGAGGCGUCCACUGUUCUGAUGUUUCUGAUAUUUGCGUCAUCGUUCCCGGCCAUUCUUCCUACUCUGUAUUUCGGAACUUUGACGGCAAAGUAUGGCCGAAAACUGGCCAUAAGAUGUUCUUUGAUCGGCUUUCUUAUCAAGAACCUCGUGCACGUUGCUGUAUACUACUGGAAGUUCUCUUUGUAUUACCUCGUCCUGGGAAACGCUAUUGAAGGACUCCUCGGGGCGUACGGCGGGGCAAUGGUUGCUAUUUUUGGAAUGGUGGCAGACGUGACGCCCGAAAAUCACGCGCGGUCUUUUCGAAUGACGACCGUCGGUGCGGUACUGAGCCUGUCGGCGUCGCUUGGCAACGGCGUCUCUGGCGUUCUUAUCGAGGGCGUCGGAUACGUCGUCAUCGGCAUCAUCCUUACAGUCGUUGGAGUGAUCAACGUGUUGUACGUCGAGUGUUGUCUUCCAGAAACAUUUACAGCAUCAUCAUCAGCAGCAGCAGCGUCGACGACACAGAGGGUUCCCUUUAUUGAGUCUGUCAAGAGGAGCUUCACGUUCUAUUUCAGAGACACUCUGGACAAGAGACGGUCGAAGAUGAUACUGUGUUUUCUCUCGUUCUUCCUCCUCGUCGGCUUCUUCCUGGUGAAUCUCACCACACUGACUCUGUACCUGCUGAACAAGCCGUUCUGUUGGACCAAAAUCCACAUCACCGUGUUCGGAGCUCUGUGGCAGUUGGUCAGCUGGUCGGUCAUCUUGGUGUUCACCCGAACAUUGCGGCACGCUGUCGCCGACGUCGGGAUGAUGUUGAUCGCGUGCGUGUCUGGCCUGGCGUCGCAGGUGAUGAUGGCGUUUGCCAGCGUUGAUGGACUGGUGUAUGGAGCUGCCGCCGUUGGUGUUUUAUCGCAACUGUAUGCGCCCAUGGCGAGGGCCAUCAUGUCAAAGAUGGUAACUCCACUGGAACAAGGUCCACUGUUUGCUGGUCUUGCUGUUAUGGAGGUGGUUUGUAUAGCCACGUUAAGCACGCUGGCCACCGUCAUUUACCGUCAGACGGUGGCUAUCUUCCCGGGCACCGUCUUUCUCGUGGUGGCUGCUGUUAUUUUCGUAGUCAUCAUUUUGGUCACAAUAUUGGCUUUCAAAACUAAAAAGGAUACGAGAGAAAGGAUGAAAUAAUGCUAAAAAUAGCAAACUCCAGAAUAUCAAAAGAACAGAAAAAUCUCACAAGAGUUUGGUCAUGAUGCGCUGAAGGAUGCAAACGUCUUAUUCUCCACUGAUUACACACUGAUCUUCCGGUGUGUGUGUAUAGUACUCGAGCACCGCCAUCAAGGGCGACAAUUCCCAGGGCUUCCCUAUUGUCAAGGCUGGAAGAAAAGUAUCUCUGUUUUGCAGGACCCUGCUGCAGCACCAGAAGUUUAAUUUUCAAGAGUGACGAAAACAAGUUCGCGUUUUAUAGGGUCUGGUGAGACUGGAUUUUGAAUUGUAUGACUGCUGUUGGUGACCGCCUAAGCUUGUAGUUACACUAAUUCUGAUACACGUGGUCUAGGCUGUUACCCACAGAGUGUAAUAAAACAUAUUUGGAGAUUAAA